AUGGGCGUAAUCGAUUUCGAAACCCUCGAAAAGCAUGCAGAUCUGAUCGGUGUUGAAAGCCUUCUUCAGGAUCUGAGACACAGCGAAAACUGCUCCAAAGAGAUCCUUGUAGUCUUUUUCAUCCAGGAAGAAGAUGUCACUUGUGAGAUGGGUUCGGGGGACAACCACCGUGAAGCCGGGAGCGCUUGGGAAGGGCAUCAGGAAGGCAACGUGCUUGUCACUUUCCUAGAUACGCCACUGUGGGAUUUUGCCCCUGAUGAGUCUGGCAAGAAUGUUGUUGUCCGCUUGAUCAACGUGAAAUUUGAGAUCUGGCUGCGGGGAUAUGGGAGAAUGCGCUCGAAUAGUAUGGCAUAUUUGGCUGCCAGUCUUGAGACCUGGAGUCAUGUUCCCUGUCAGAUUGCCAAACGCAAGCCUUGGACCCGGACCACGUCAGGCAUUGAUGUGAUCAGACACGCGGCGUCAGAUGACUAA